AUUAAAAAUUCAACAAAAUGAAUGACUCAGGUUUUGAAUGCUCCCUCUGCAUGAAAUUAGCCAUGUCAGCAUAAAUUUGCGAAAAAUGUGGAUUCAUGUAUUGCAAACAAUGUCUCCUCGAAAUAUUCGGUCCUAACUAUGAAUGUGUUUAAUGCCAAUCCAAAUAAUUUAAACCUAUUGAACAGUCAGCCCUCUAAGAAGCCUAUGAAUAAAUUCUCAACAAUUCAGUAAACAUAAAACCUGUUAAAAUUAAUAAACCACCUCCAGAACCUCCGGUUGUAGAAAUAUAAUAAUGGUAAACAUUCUUAAAAGAAAAUUGUAUAAACUUUGAUCUCUGUAAAUCAAAUAUCAAUCAAAUAUUCUAAAAUGAAUAAGUCUGUAGUUUAGAAUGUCUAUACUAUACCAAAAUAAUUCCACUUUACGAAUAAUAAGACUUUGCUAAUAUUAGAAAAGAGAUAAAUAAUUUAGAAAAGUAUUAACCUCUAAAAAAUGUAUUAUCAAAUCAACAGGUAGGGUUCAGCUAAUUUGUUAAUGGAAUUACAAGAUUCACUUUUAAUAGAUGUGCUCCAGGAAUACAGAUACUUGAAUCAUAAGUAAUAUUGUAGGAGGAUACAUUUACAUUUAAAACUGCCACUAGUUCCGUUGGGUUCUAGUAGGGAAUUCAUUAUUGGAAAAUCAUACCUUUGCCAAUGUCCAAGAAUGAAAUGAAAAUUGGAGUUUCGACGUCUGACAACUAUGAUCUCAAAACUUCAUUUUCUGAUUACAAUUUUGGAUAUGCCUUCUACACAAUAGGUUAAUUUAGAAAUGGCAGUAAUUCUAACGUAAUUUUCCUAUUUAAUCUAGGGAUUGGCAUACGGAGCCAGAUUUACAAAUACUGGUGAAGUCGGAGUCUUGCUUGACAUGAAUAGGGGAAUACUGGCAUUCUCAUACAAUGGCAAUUUUCUUGGAAAAGCCAUAACUACAGAUUGUCUUAAAAAAGGACCGAUAUAUCCCUGCGUUGCAUUACUUCGUCAAGCAGGAUUUGAAUUUUAAUGCGGCAUACCGAUUCCGUAAAAUUUACUUGAUUUAUUUUUAAAAUGA